UUUGCUCUAGGAAUCAUCAUCUUCUGUAAUACCAGUGUAAGUGGAGUCACCAGGCAUUCCAAGAGAGGCUUUGGGGAACACGAUGUAAACAAGCAAGCAAGAGAUCAUGCUUCACUGGUCAUGAACAGAGAUGUGGUGGAGUGUUGCUUUGGAAAAGAUGAGCAUAAUCCACUUUCAACUGAUCCACAGUAUGCAGCAUCUUCUUUGAGGAACACAAAUCUGCACAUGAUAAUGGAGAUUAAUUACAAGCAUAGGCAUGAGUGGUUUGCGUGUCUUCUGUCCGUUUCCUCCAUCCAUUGCUCUUUUCCCAUUUCCAAUGAAGCAUAGGCAUGAGUGUUUUGUGUGUCUUCUGCGAAGGGGGUGCAAUGAAGCCAAGGCACUCAUGGCGAAGCGUGCCAGCGUUGUCGCCGCCCCUGGCUGCGGUGGUGCUCCACCCUCAAGGAGCGUCCCCACGUGCUCCUCUGCACUCUGCAGCGCUAUAUGAAUCAAACUCCUCGGUGUGUCCAUUGCAUGACCCUCUCCUUCCCCUCCUCCCCACAGAAAACUCAUCUCUCUUUCUCUUAUGGAGGUUGAAGCCCACCACGCUCACCUCUUCCGCUCCCAACUCCUAACAAAUAGUGAAAUCAUCGGCAGUGAAGCGGACCAGCCAGGUACGUACGGGUUGCGGGAGGGAGUCGUCGCGCCGGUUGCCGAUGCUGCCGUUGCGGCGGCAGCGUCGAGGAAGCGGCCGCGCCCACCAUCGUUUCUUGGCGGUGACGGACUCUGUUACGUGCAGCAGCAGAUGUGGGACUUCGAUCGCCUCGUCUUGCAACACGCGGAGAGUGUGCGAGCGGAGCUGGCGGUGCGUCGGCAUGGGUUCGCGAGGCGGGUCGUGGUGGCGUUGGAGGAGGGCGUGUUGGAGAGGCUCAAGGCCAAGGAGGAGGAGAUCGCGAGGGUCGGGGAGCGGAACUGGGCGCUGGAGGAGCGCAUCAGGAGACUGCGGGUGGAGAACCAGGUGUGGCGGGACCUGGCGCAGAGAAGCGAGGCGGCGGCCAACGUGCUGAGGGCCAACCUCGAGCAUGCUCUCGCGGCGGCGCAGGUGAGGACGGAGGAGGAGGCUACGGCCGAAAACGCCGAGUUCUGCCGCUCCGGAACCAACGAAGAGGGAGAGGCCGCCGUCGGGAGGGGGUGGGGGACAGCCUGCCGGAGCUGCCGCGAGCGCGAGCCGUCGGUGCUGCUGCUGCCAUGCCGGCAUCUGUGCCUCUGCGCGGCGUGCGGCCCCGUCGUGGACGCCUGCCCCGUCUGCAGCUGCACCAAGAAUGGCAGUGUCCAAGUGAACAUGUCUCGAGUCCAAGAAAGGUAAAAAGUACUGCACACACGAUUAUUCUCGUUCUUUCCUCCUCCUUCCCCAGCGUCAGUAUCUUCUCCUUGGUUGAUUCUGUUUCUGUUCUUCCUAAGAAAUCAAUUUUUUCUUGGAUUAUGUAAAUAUACUUCAUGAACAUAAUAUAAAUGCA